AUGUUUACAUAAUCACGCAAUUUAACCCGUUCCACACGCUCGAUCGAUCCAUCGAGGUGCGACAAAUUCCACCUUUUCCCACCUGUUGUGUUCCCUGGCCACACAGUGCAAGAUGUUGUCCAAAGCGCGAGUUUUGUUUUCCCGCACGAUUGCGCACCAGAGCUCGUUAGCCCGAUACCUCAGCCCGCAGCUGCGAUCGGUGCACGUUUCCGAGGCGAACGUGCUAGCCACGGAAGUGAACCGACAGUCCGAGGAAUUUAAGGAGAACUAUGGACAGAUGAGUGAACUGGUGGACAAUCUGAAGCGCAUAACCGGCGAAGUGCUGAACGGUGGAGGCCCUGAAGCGAUCAAACGUCACACCUCGAAGGGAAAGCUGCUGGCGCGCGAUCGUAUUGAUCGCCUGGUCGAUCCCGGAUCCCCGUUCCUGGAGCUGUCUACGUUGGCGGCACACGAAAUGUACGGCAAGGACGUGGUCAACUCGGCCGGUAUCGUCACGGGAAUCGGUCGUGUACAGGGCGUCGAGUGCGUGAUCGUGGCUAACGAUGCGACCGUUAAGGGUGGCUCGUACUAUCCGGUCACGGUGAAGAAGCAUCUUCGCGCCCAGGAGAUCGCACAAGAGAACAAUUUGCCCUGUAUCUAUCUGGUCGAUUCCGGUGGUGCGAAUCUGCCCCGCCAGGCUGAUGUAUUUCCGGACAAGAUGCACUUUGGUCGCAUUUUCUACAACCAGGCGAACAUGUCGGCACUGGGCAUUCCACAGAUUGCGGUCGUGAUGGGGAGCUGUACGGCCGGUGGUGCGUACGUUCCUGCCAUGGCCGACGAGAGUAUCAUCGUGAAGCGCCAGGGAACGAUCUUUCUCGCCGGACCUCCACUGGUACGGGCAGCCACGGGAGAGGUUGUUUCGGCGGAAGAUCUCGGAGGUGCCGAUCUGCACUGUCGCACAUCCGGUGUGACCGAUCAUUACGCAGUGGAUGACGAGCAUGCCCUGUACCUAGCGCGACAGGUCGUGAAGAAUCUAAAUCGUCCCGGUACGGCGACGUAUGAUGAGCUGGCCAGUACUAGCACGGCCACGAUGAUGGCCCACGAGGGUCUCACCUUCGGCAAGGAUCCGGAACCACCCCGCUACCCAGCAAGCGAUCUGUACGGUAUCGUGGGCUCAAAUCUGACGAAAAGUUUCGACGUACGGGAAGUGAUUGCACGCAUCGUUGACGGGAGUCGAUUCACCGAGUUUAAGAAGUUUUACGGCGAAACUAUCGUGUGUGGGUACGCGCGACUGUACGGCCAGCUGGUCGGCAUUGUCGGCAACAACGGUGUGCUGUUCUCCGAGAGUGCCCUCAAGGGGGCCCACUUCAUUCAGCUGUGCGCCCAGAAACGUAUUCCGUUGCUAUUCUUGCAGAACAUUACCGGAUUUAUGGUGGGUCGCGAUGCGGAAGCCGGUGGUAUCGCCAAGAAUGGGGCCAAGAUGGUGACGGCCGUCGCUUGUGCGAACGUACCCAAAUUAACGCUUAUCAUCGGUGGUUCAUAUGGUGCCGGCAACUAUGGCAUGUGCGGUCGAGCGUACUCACCUCGCUUCCUAUACAUGUGGCCUAACAGCCGCAUCUCGGUGAUGGGUGGUUCACAGGCGGCUGGUGUGCUAGCACAGAUUACUGAAGAGCAGUACCGGCGUACCGGACGCGAAUGGACCGAGGAGAUCGGGAAUCGUAUCAAGGCUCCGAUCGUGCAGCAGUUCGAAGCCGAAGGCUCGCCGUACUACAGUACCGCUCGGCUGUGGGACGAUGGUAUCAUCGAUCCGGUCGAUACCCGUCGCGUACUUGGAUUGAGUCUGCAGGCCGCUCUCAACCAACCAAUCGGUCAGAGCCGGUUCGGUGUGUUCCGCAUGUAGAGAACCAGCCUUCACCGAGCUCCGAGGACAAUGCCAGAAUUUUGCAUUUAUCUAGUAACUAAGCUCGAAAGCCAGAACCGUGUCUUGGGGUCGAAUGUAUGUUUGACUUCUCGCGGCGCGGAUUCCAGUAACCAGGGAAACCAGAAACGCAUUUCUUCCGAACACAUUGCAUUAUGAAUGCAUUCCAGCAAAAACAAUGAUUCACGAUUGUCGUGGUCGUCAUUGUCGGCGGUACAAAGUGCCAGAACCUAAUUCCGAUUUGUGUAAUUUUGUUAUUGGAACGGAUAUGUCUUUAUUAUGAAUAUUUUAAAUAUAUAUCCCCGAUUCUUCCUGAC